AUGGAGGAGGAGGGCGUGGCGGCAUCCGCUGACAGCUACAAUGCCGCGAUACGCCACUUCGCCUCCUUGGGCAACGAGAAGGGCGCUCUGGCGGCGCGGUCUUGGUUCGACAGGAUGCUUGAAGCUGGCAUCUCGGCGACAGAGGAGACCUACACCCAGAUGAUCGCGGCCUACGCGCGAGCCAACUAUACGGACGAGGCUGGCAAGUGGCUUUCAAAGCUUGCAGCCGCCGGAAUCAGACCCCACAUGUCGGCCUACUCGGCCCUGAUGCAGGGCUACGCCAGGGCGAAGGAUCCGGCCGGGGUCCGGCAAAUUCUCGACUGGGCCGUAUUGGAGGGGCUGACUCCCAAUGCCGGAUCCUACAACAUCGCCAUCAGAGCUUUCGCUGAAGCUGGUGAUGCGGCCUCGGCCGAGGAAAUGUACAAGAGGCUCACAGUGGCUGGCAGGUAUCCCGAUGAGAAGACAUUCCUCUUCCUCAUCCAAUGCCACGCUCGGCGCCUCGACUUCGACCGCGCAAGAGCCUGGUUCAAGGAAAUGCUCAGCAUGGAGGUGAAGCCCACCUUCCCUAUCUAUGCUGCGAUGAUUCGGGGAGCGGCAGUCGCCGGGCGCGCUGAAGAGACCAGCGAGUUCCUGGAGGAGAUGUCCGCCCGAAGGUUGACUAGCAAGAUAGAGAGGAGUGCCUGGGAAGCCAUGAUCGUCUCGGCCCUGCGCUGCUUUGAAAAGGCCGGUGACCAGGAGGCCGUGGAGCGCUGGACGGAGUAUUCCGAGGACCAAGGCUUCCCAGAUCUCUCGCCGGACACGAAGGUGUUUAUCCCGGAACUGCAGCGCUUCGGGCAGAAGCGGCCACAACAGAAAGUGGCGCGAAAGGAAGCCCGGCAGGCAAAAGCCACCGAG